GUCUCGUGUGCGCUCUUUGUACUUUUCUUCCUGCCCUUUUACGACACCAUCAUCUCCCUACAUAUAUUGCCCUCCCCUAUGGAACCCUAAUUCACUUUAUCCACAAUCAAUCAUCCUUCGCGCACAGAGAGACAGAGCAAGAAGAGAGAGAGGGAGAGAGAGAGGGAGAGAGGGAGAGAAGGAGAGAAGGAGAGAUGAGGAAUCCAUCGUCGUCCUCUUCGUCGAAUUCGCCGAGCAAGCCGACGCCAUGCUGUAGCAAAGUGGGAAUCAAGAGAGGCCCUUGGACGCCUGAGGAAGACGAGAUUCUGGCGAGCUACGUAAAGAAGGAAGGGGAAGGGAGGUGGAGGACUCUGCCGAAGCGGGCAGGGCUUAUGCGCUGUGGCAAGAGCUGCCGCCUCCGGUGGAUGAACUAUCUCCGGCCAUCUGUCAAGAGGGGGCAGAUCGCACCAGACGAGGAAGAUCUCAUCCUGAGGCUCCACCGAUUGCUUGGUAACAGGUGGUCCCUGAUAGCUGGCAGAAUUCCAGGGAGGACAGACAACGAGAUCAAGAACUACUGGAACACUCAUCUCAGCAAGAAACUCAUCAGCCAAGGAAUAGACCCGAGGACCCACAAGCCAUUAGAACUUAUCCCCAACAUGCCAACAUCAGAUGACCAUGAUUUUGCACCCGCUUCAAUCUCCCCACAAAACCCUACUGCAUCUGAGUUUCAAGUGACUAAUGGCGAUCACUAUCAAGUCGCCAUAACUGAUAACACCCAGGACCCUAAGGACGUGAUGACUAACCUGCAAGAUCUGCAUCAAAACCCUAGGGUUGAUCAUCAGGGUGGUGUCAAUCAGAAUUGGCAGAAUCUUGAUGGGUCAGCGAUAAGGGCCGGAUCUUCGUCACACCGUAGUGAAGCGCAGACCCAUGCUCAAUUCUACAUGGACAACAGCAAUGAGGACGUGUUCUCUUCAUUCUUGGAUUCUCUGAUCAACGAGGAUGGGUACACGAAUCAGCAUCAGCGUGCGACUUCUUUCCUUCCUAUGGUUUCUCCUACCUUCAAUAAUCAAGGAGCCAUCUGGGAAGCUGAAUUGAGAGCUGCAAUGGGGCCAUCAGCUGAUCAGCAAAAAUGGAACCUAUAAUCACUUGCGCGCGAGUCCCAAAGAAAGGGUACAAAUAUAUAGUUCUAUAGCUUAAUUUCUUGAGUUCUUGUUCUGUCCAAAUGGUCGACGGAAAAAAUGAACUUAUGGAUGAUGCUAGCACGUUGCCAUGUGUGCAUCUAUGGUUAAAGAAACACUUUUAGUAUAUCCGAGAUGCACAAGUGGUAGCCAGUAUGCAAGUAUUGUGGGUGGAAAUUGAUUUUUUUCACAUUUUCUUUCUUACUUCAUUUGUUAAUCUUUUCGUUGCUUAUGUAAGAAAACUUCAGUGGUUCUCUAGGUGUGAAUGUGGGUACUUAUAAUGACAACUUUACUGCAUUUCAUUA